ACCUGAGGUAAACCUGUGUAGUAUUAAUCACCUAACAGCCCACUCAGAGUACAUCACACCUGAGGUAAACCUGUGUAGUAUUAAUCACCUAUACGAGCCUAGCACACCUGGUCCUCCAAUAAAGUCAACCAGGUGAACCACUGAGGACAAUCCUAUAAUCCUUUUCAGAACCUCAACGCGUUGUCAAGAGCCAGGACUCCUCACAGGCUGCUCGCUUUGUGAUGAAGAUGGGAGAUGUUUCUGUCCCGAUGCGCAAUAACUUGAGGCUGGAAUGCAGAUUCACUGGCGCUCCUAAGCUCUUUGUGACUUGGUACAAAGAUGGCAAGCAGCUCUACGCCUCAUACAGAUACAACACAAAGGUCAUUGGGAACACCUGCAUCAUGGAGUGUCUUCAUGAGUGCAAUAAAGACACCCCUGGGAAAUACUCCUGUGAAGUUAGCAAUGCCCAUGGCACUGACGUCUGCCAUGCUCAAGUGAGCGUAGUGACAGAACCUGCUCGUUUCGUGACAAAACUGAAGGACAUCUCCGUCCCGAUGAGGCAGAAGUUGAGGCUUGAGUGCACCUUUAAUGGAGCGCCAAAAAUGUUUGUGACUUGGUACAAAAAUGGAAAGCAACUCUACGCCUCAGACAGACACAACACUAAAGUCACAGGAAACUCUUGCACCUUGGAGUGUCUUCAUGAGUGCAACAAAGAUACGCCUGGAAUAUAUGCCUGUGAAGUCAGCAAUUCAUAUGGAACCGAGUUCUGCUACGCUAAUGUCUCUGUGAUAACAGGUCAGUCUAAUGUCUUGCAUUGGCAGAAUGGAGUUUCAAGAGAGGAUUUCUUUGAGAAUUUCUUGAAACGUUGAAAAUGUCUGAGCAUUUCUUAAAAAAAAAAAAUUAAUAAAAAGACACAA